UAUCAGGCCUCUAUUACGUACUAAUGUGAAGCCGUGAUUAGUUCUUAUAGAAUUAGUCACUAGAAGUUUGUUGUGGUGUAGUUUUUUAUAAAUAAAAUUAGUUUUAUUAUAAUGCUGUGAAUAGGUGAAGAAGAGUAUGUGAAUUUUUUAUUAAUAAAUUUUUCUCUCUGUUGGACACAGCACCUCGCUAUAUACACGGUGUAAAUUAGUCGACAGGACUAUCAUGAAGCGCCCCUGUAUUUGUUGUAGUGUUAAAAUUUUGGCGGUAAUCACGGCCGUGUUGGUAGUGGUGUUAGCAGGAAUAUUGUUGUUAAGUUUCUAUGGAAUACCACGGAUAGUAAACUCUCAAGUAGACGCAUCAGUUAGGCUGACCGAAAACUCAGAUCAAUGGGGGAGAUUUCUGAAGCUUCCGAUACCGAUAUACAUAGGGGUAUAUUUGUUUACAGUAAGAAAUGGACCGGCUGUUAUGAACGGGGCAGUUCCUAAACUUGAAGAAGUAGGACCCUAUGUAUUUAGAGAAGACAUUAGCAAGAAAGUACUAUCGACUAAUAAAGAUGACGAUAGUGUAACGUACCAAAAGUUUACAGAACAGUCAUUUGAACAAGAGCGAUCCGGUCAGUUGACUCUAGAUGAUAAUGUUACUAUUGUUAACCCCCCGUUACUGGUACUAACCCAAAUUACCAGCGUCGUGGAACAACUCGUCGUAGUCGGAUGCCUGGACAAAAUAUUUACACCUACCUACAGAGACCUUUUUAUGACCACAACGAUAAGAUCAGUGAUGUUCGAGGGAUUUGAGUUUGCCAGAUCAUCAUCAGAUGUUGGAUAUGCUUGUGAAGUAAUCAGACAGCAGAUCAUCGAAAAAACUAAAAAAAUGAAAAACAUACGAAGGAUAUACAGUAAAGAAUAUCCAGGAAUGGUGGAAGCUUUAAGAUUCUCAUUUUUAGGAUUUAAAACGGAGAGCCCAGACGGAAUCUACACUUUAAAUAGAGGAAUUGACGAUAUCUCUAAAUUGGGAAGAAUUAUGCAAUGGAACAAUUCCCAUUACCUACCUUUUUGGGGCACGUCACAAUCCAUUAACAACGACACCUGUCAAUUAGUAGAAGGUGGAGACUCGACUAUGUACCCGCCUCAUGCUACCAAAGACAAAGGUUUUGUAAUAUUUUCAACUGAUAUAUGUAGGAGAGUGGAAGUUUCUUACAGUAGCACAGGAACAUACAAGGAUAUAGAAGGAUACCGUUAUGAGCCAAAAUCAGAUACGUUCUAUUCGAAAUUAGCAAACGUUGAGGAAGAUUGCUUUUGUACAGGGAGAACUCUCAAUCCCAACGGUGUACGUGACUGCUAUCUGAAUGGAGUUAUAGAUGUAUACGACUGUUUUGGUGCUCCUCUGCUAUUAUCCUUUCCCCAUUUCCUCCACGCUGAUGAGUCAUACAUUAAUGGAGUACAAGGAGUGACUUCGCCAGAUCCCGAAAAACAUGGCAUCUAUUUAUUGAUUGAGCCAAAUACUGGCACUCCCUUACAAGGAAGGAAGAGGGUCCAACUUAACGUGGUGUUAAGAAAUAUCGAAUACAUCCAGUUUACUCAAAAAUUAAAGCCUACAGUGUUGCCUGUGAUAUGGAUUGAAGAGUGUGCUGACUUGACAGACGAUCUUAUAAACAUUCUAAACAACCAAUUUUUCAAAGUUGUGAAAAUAGCAAAUGGUGUUAAAUACGGACUAAUAGCAGUGUCUUCUUUAUCGGUGUUGGUCGUGGCUGGUAUUCUUAUAAGAAAACAGGUGAUAUCACGUAGAAAAUAAGUUAAAUAGCUUGUAAAUAAAUAUUUGUACAGUAAAA